AUGCCGGGUCAACCCUCCUCCCAACACAAUGCACCCAGUCAAUACAAUCCAACCUCGUCGCAGGCAGGAACUGGCCGGACGAGCAUAGAUCGCGAUGGAAGCGGGCUUCAGCCAUUGAACGGCGUGCCGAGUCGGAAUUUAGCCGCCUCGGCCGUUUCCUUUGCUCCUCGUGGUAGCAGUCUCAAUCCUACUAUUGGCCCCGGUAGCUUCAGCUCGGAGCUCCGUAGCCAAACGAUUUCGAGCCGUGCAGGCAGUCGCAUGGAUGUUGGAUCAAUGUACACCGGCAGUAUCAUGGACAAGGUCGAGGAGGACGGUACCGAAGCCGCCAUGCAACAAGCACUGUCGACUCUGCGGGACAAGUUGAAUCGAGAAAUGAAGAUUAAGGAAGGUAGUGAGAAUAUGCUCGAGGCUCUGAAUAUCAAGAAGGCCAAGCAGACCAAGGAGCAGCGUCAACGAGUAGAAGUCGAGUUGAGUGCGAGCAAUCUGAGAAUCAAGGAGCUACGUCAAAAAAUCUCCGAGGCCCAACGUACUAGAGCACCUCCGCCAACUACCCCAACCAGGAACCGAGCCCAGGAGACUAUCUUUCAGUCAAAUGGCCUUCGGUCACCCCCCAGUAUUUCCCGAUCUGCCGCCGGUUCAGACCUUGACGACGCUGCCGAGAGCCCGACUUUUGCGCUUGCCGAGCUUCUUCAGGCCCUGGAGGUGGAAGGCAUGACACCAGAGUACUAUGUGAGUAGGGCAAACCAACUUGUUGAUCUAUUCAAGCGCCACCCUGCGCUGAAAUAUGAUUUGGUCUGGGCCAUCUUUGGGUUGCGCAUGCAAAUGAUGCUUCUCAGCGAGAGUCGAGAGGUUGUGGCUGUCGGUUAUCGGGUGGCUAGAUAUGCUAUUUCAGACUCUGCAUCCAUCAAGAGGAUUCGGAGUUUUAACACGGACUAUUUGGUCAUACGGUCUUUGAGCAACUAUCGCAAGGCCGAUGUGGAAAGAGAACAGGCCCUUAAAUUCGUCCGCGCAUUCUUGGAUGUAAAGGAUGGAAUUAAAGAGGUUUCUAGAGCCAUUGUCCGGACGAUUGUUGCUGUAGCGGAGCAAGGUGAGGAUAGACGUCCAGGUAUACACGCCGCAGACCAAAGCAUCGACCGAUUACGGCCUAUAUGCAUUGAGACUCUCGCCGAGAUCUUGGUUCGGGAUCCAGCUCUGUUGAUAGCAUCCGGAGGCUUGGGUACGCUUUCAGAAGCUUUGGCUGAGGGCACCUACAAGUCUCCCGAGAGCUUAACUUCGGCCUUUCUCUUCCUCCUGGACUCUCCGCAGAAGCGCAAAUACAUCAUUCCGGGCUAUGGUCUCGACGUUGUUUUCACCGCUUUUACAGACCUGCUGGCCGGAGCCGACGGCAUACUGAAGCAGACUUCCGGGGCCAUUUCUGUAGCCUUGAGAUCAUGGUCCGGACUCAUGACCUUGAGCAUGUAUGAUUUCCGACCGAUCCGCUCACUGAUUGCCAGUAUCCUCUUCCCCAGCCAGAACGUUCGAGAAACCGUCCUAGACCUUCUUUUCUCGCUACUUCGCAUCAAACCUCCAGCAUGGGCAACUUCCUUUUUGGCCGGAAGGCGUCUCACGACGUAUGGCCGUGUCGCCAACAUGAAGUCUGCCGCGAGGCGACGGAGCGGAACGCUGGAUAUGGAAGAAGAUUCUGGCGAGCAAAGUUUUGUUGACCACUACACAGCGCUGCUUCUCGCGGUCUUCAUCAAGUCGGGACUAUUGCAGAGUUUGCUGCGGAUGGUGCAAACCGAAGAAGACCCCAUGCUCAAGCGAAAGUCGACUUUGCUCAUUGGGGAAGUUCUGAAACUUUCUAGCCGACUUUUACCACCCUCGUGGAGUGCGGACUUGCAGCUGCUACCGGAGCUGUUCUCAGCAGCCGCUGAGUUUGAUAACGAGGGUCAUUUCAAUGCAUCCGGAAUUAUCUAUCAAAUUAGUAGUGUCAGUCGAACACUUUACAGGAGCGCUCCGUCAGAAUCGCUGGCCGGUGGUCUCCCCUCUAGUGACAGCAUGCGAAAUUUGGCGAGGUUCGAUGAACAACCAAAGUCAAGUAACCCUGCCGUGGCGCUGGACGAUGCUACAUUUCGUCAACUGCUUAUCGAUUCCGGCGUGCUCAACAGCUCCAACUACAUGAAGUGGAACUGGGAGGUUAUUUUGAAAAUCAUAGAUGGUCCUCUUCAGACCGGAAAGCGUCUAGACGAAGCAGUCAAGGCCUCGAAGUUCAUGAAGAGACUGAUGAGUUUUUACCGCCCGUUCAAGUAUAAAUUUGCAGAGGUGAAGAACACAAGGGGGACACAGAAAUACGUUAGGGCUGGGUGCGCCUUGGUACACUCGCUUCUCCAAUCACCCGAAGGGAUCAAGUUCUUAGCCGAUAGCAAGUUGCUGAGGCAAAUUGCUGAGUGUCUAGCUCAAUGUGAUCCGACAAGCGGGCUUACUGCUCAGUUCCCCAUGUUUUCCAAGGAUCGACUUACCGACACUCUUUGCGGGGGAUACUUUGCCAUGCUUGGCGUUCUCAGCAGCGAGCCGAAAGGAUUGCUUCUGCUAGAGAGGUGGCGAAUGUUCAACAUGAUGUACCACAUCGUGGACUUUAAGCAGCGCCCGGAUCUGAUCAAGUUACUUCUUUCCAACUUUGAUUAUGGUUUGCAAGGCCAUCCUCGUGUAUUACUUUCCAAGGCUCUCACUGCCGGAACUAAAGAUAUUCGAAUCCAUGCCACUAAUGCCCUCCGUAAAUGCACCAUUGGUCCCGUAGCCAACAUUAGCGGCGACAAUGAAGUGAGCGAUUCGAAAUGGGCGAUUCGUCUUCUAGUCACGCAGCUCUACGACCCCGAGAUUGAAGUAUGUUCGACCGCAAUCAAGAUAUUGGAAAGUGCCUGCAACAAGAAGGUAUAUCUGGAGUACAUAGUUCAAUGUCGCCCAGCUCUGGAUCAUCUAGGAGAAAUAGGCGCGCCCCUUCUCUUGCGGUUCCUGUCAACCUCUAUUGGAUACCACUACUUGGAUGGAUUAGACUACAUCAGUAAUGAAAUGGAUGAUUGGUUCCUUGGGCGAAAUGAUUCAUAUGUCGGGGUCAUUGAGGCAGGCCUAGCUCGGGCAUUUUUGGCUGACCCAGAUGACAAUAGCCAUCGCUUGAGCCUCUUUGAUGAAUCGGAUCCAGAGGCCGGAUUUCACGACAGCCAUGUUCCGCCGCAUUUCUACAGAGAACUAACUAGAACCCGAGAAGGCUGCAAACUUUUGCGUGACAAGGGUCACUUUGAGGAAUUCGUCACGACUAUACGCGAGCACGGCAUGCAAACAGAAGACGCGGAGCUGAUUACCAAAGUCAAGGGGUGUCUCUGGGCUGUUGGCAACGUAGGAUCAAUGGAACUUGGCGCGCCGUUCCUGGAAUCAAGCGAUGUGGUUGAACGAAUUGUCAAGAUCGCCGAAGGGCAUGAAGUGAUGAGUCUUCGCGGGACGGCAUUUUUCGUGCUGGGGUUGAUCUCCCGAUCCACGCAUGGACUAGAGAUUCUUUCAGAACACGGUUGGGACGCUAACACGACGUCAAUGGGGACUUCUCUUGGUCUAUGCAUACCGAACGAUCUCUCCAAAUUCUUUUCCGUCGUACCGUGGCAACACGUCAAUGCUGCAUCCAUAACUAUUCCCGAUACGCAACGAACUAUUCAGGCACAGCCUCCGAUCCAGAAAGCCCGCCCACCUCUGGAGCUCUCUGAAUUGCCUCCUUUGUUGAGCGAUGAGGACGUCAACGGUCGAAUUCUGGAACUAGUUGUUGACCUUGGCAACAUGGUGCUCUACAAGAAGGCGCUUAUGGAGCUGCAGAAGUUAAAGCAGAGAAAACCAAAUGCUUUCCGGAGUACAGACUUUUUCAAAAAAGUGAUGGGCCUCAUGGAAUGGAAUCACUACAGGCUCGGCAUCCGUAGGUUGGUGAUUGAUCUGUUCGAGAAGAACGUGAUGCGGCAAAUCGUAUUUGGUGACGAUGACACCGAGGACAGCGAGUCUACAAGCGGACAAGGGGGUAACGAUAACGGUGAUGGCAGUUCAGGUGAUGAUCGAACAGAGCGACAGAGAAGCAUCAGCGAGCCGGCAGAGAUGCCAUCCGACCUCAUGCCAGCACCACUGCGGGUGCGAAAAUAA